GAGAGGAAAAGAGAGAGGACAGGCGGCGGCACGGACAUCGAGAGAGGGACACAAUCACAGAGAGCGAUAGUACAGGAGAGAGAGAGAGAGAGAGAGGAGCGGGAGGCAGAGAGCUGGAUCGCGGUGUCUCACUCCCACAUCUCAUCUUCACUUUACUGGGACACACACAGAAUUGAUGUCCAAAGAGGCAGAGUUGGAUGUGAGAGGCAGUGAGUGUGACACAGUCCCACCAGAGCCCAGCACAGAACCACAACUGCCCCGGCCACCACCUCCAGCCAAGGCUAACGGACCCAACAGCAGCCCUGCUGGCAUCUGCAAGAGCAUCGUCUCCGGUAGCCACAGCAGCAGCAGCAGCAGCAAUAACAACAGCAGCAGCAGCAGCAGCAGCAACAGCAGCAGCAGCAGCAGCAGCAGCAGAGGUCUGGGUGGCAUUAGCAUCGUUAGCAGCAGUGCUGAGGGAGCAGGCGAGAGCUCCAUGCAGUUCAGCACCAGACCACCUAGUGCUGAGCAGCCGGGCUUCAUGGGGACAUGGCAGCAGCAGAGCACUGACAGCAACCUCCUCUACAGAAUGUCCCAGCAGGCAAUUCGCUGCACGCUGGUGAACUGCACAUGUGAGUGUUUCCAGCCCGGCAAGAUCCACUUACGGACAUGUGACCAGUGCAAACAUGGCUGGGUAGCUCAUGCUCUGGACAAGCUCAGCACCCAGCACCUCUACCACCCGACCCAGGUGGAGAUCGUUCAGUCCAACGUGGUGUUUGACAUCAGCAGCCUGAUGCUGUACGGCACCCAGGCCGUCCCCGUCAGGCUCAAGAUCCUUCUCGACCGCCUGUUCUCCGUGCUCAAGCAAGAAGAGGUGCUGCACAUCCUGCACGGCCUGGGCUGGACCCUCCGAGACUACGUCAGGGGCUACAUCCUGCAGGCAUGUCUGAGGAUUACACAGUCCCUCUGCUGUUCCACUGACCUCCAACUACACACUCAAAGCCUCACACACACAUACAUCAAAGCAGCUCAGCGUAGUACCCAGCGCUGGGUAAGGGGCUCACUGGCCUACUCACUCAGCAGGCUGCUGGCACACACUCCAGAUCUGCCUGCAGGGAUUGCCAAUGGCAAAUAUGGCCUGUGUGUGUGUGUGUGUGUGUAAUAAAGCAUAUGUUAUUCAUGUUCUUUGUCAGGUGUCUGUCUGAACUAGUGUUCAAA